AUGAACUCUCUGAACCAGCAGUACGAGGAGAAGGUGCGUCCCUGCAUCGACCUCAUCGACUCUCUCCGCUCUCUGGGUGUCGAUGAGGAUUUGGCGCUGCCUGCUAUCGCCGUGAUCGGGGACCAAAGCUCGGGGAAGAGCUCCGUGCUGGAGGCGCUGUCAGGGGUGGCUCUGCCCAGAGGGAGCGGUAUGGAGUGUUUCUUUUUAAAUGUAUUCAUUUUGACAUUAUAAAGUUCAUUAAACGAUCACGUGACGGAAGUAAACUUGUAAAUUGUAGGUUUACAUGAAAUAACAUCACAUCUCUCUACCAGAUUUUCUCUUUUGCUUGGCUUUUCUUCGUUUUACCUUCUCUGUGUUGUUUUCCUCUGACACAAACAAUCCGCCAAAUUAAAGGAAAUUGUCUUUCCAAGAGGGAUUUCUGGUCCAUUUUCUUUUUUGCGCUUAGUGUUAGGCUGAUGUUUGGUAUUUAUAAGGCACUUUCUUUGUGAGGCAGUAAUCGGUGUAGCUGAGAGAGGUUACAGAAAGUAACCUCUAACCAAUCACUUGGGAUUUUAGGGCUUGAGAACGGAGGGGGGCUUAGGGGAUGGAUCAGGACAAGUGAAACAGGACUUCACUCUGAAUGUUAAUUUUCAGAGGGUUUCUGAGUAAUUCGGCAGACACACAUACGCGCGCGCUUUGUUACAGGUCCCAGACUGGGGUCCUUAAAACAGAUAAGGAUCCUGUGUAAAACAGGAGAGAACGUGGGUCAGGCAAGGGUGCUUCCGUUCUGUAGAUGGUAUAUAGAAUGGAUGUAAUCUGCCUCAUCCAUAGACUGUAUAUAAGAUGGACAGAGUCUGCCUCCUCGCUGGGUGAAGCCACUCCGAGAACAGCACCCUCUGAUGGUGGGCUGCAGUGCAGGUCAUAAAUCCCGCCUCCGCCAGCAAAGCUUAUGGGACUGUGGACAAACUUUAGAAAUUUAUUACACAGAACAUGAAUUUUUCUCCCCCCAGCUUGUGAUGUUGACAUGUAGUUAUUGUAAGACUGGUUUGUGCCCAAGUCCUUUUUUUUUUCUGUACAGCUCCGUUUUUUAAAGUUAUUAGGGGGUUCACGUUUUCUAUGAUUGACACUUGGUACAGCCUAUGGGCGUUCAGGGAUUGCGUUGCUCUCCCGGGGGGAUACGCUGUUUGAGCCGAGCGUCAUCACAGGGACUCUCUGCGACUGCAUGGCCGAAUGCGCGCAUCACUACUGCGCAGCUCUGGUUUCAAGGAAGUGGAGAAAAACUCAGAAUUACCGAGAGCUUUUUGGCUUCAAAUCCGUAUACAGGCGGAAGGCGGGACCAGGUGGUCCAUCUUAUAUACAGUCUAUGGCCUCAUCGCUGGGUGAAGCCUCCGUGAGAACAACACCCCCUGGUGACUGGCUGCAGUAUCAGUCAUCAACCCCACCUCCUCCAGUCUGGAGCUGUGACAAAUACAAGUCAUAUAAAUUUUUCUUCCCCCUGGUUGCAAUGUUCACAUGUAGUUCUCAUUGGACUGAUUUAUGCUAAAGUCCUCUUGUACUUUGACUAUCAAAACUAAAUUAGUCACUGAGAAGGAAAUGCAGGGGUUUGACGCACUGAAUCCAAGAAGGAAACAUGAAGUCUUUACUGCAGCUCAAGGGUAUUCAUUAUCCCUUUCAAUAAAUCAUACUUUCAAACAGUCCAUUUGAUGUAGAUGUACUUGCAGAUUUUGAUUAUAAAAUGGUAAAAAAGCUUUAGGGGUAGACAGAAAUAGCAGCACCCUGCCUCCUCUCUCUCUGAAUCAAGCAAACAAACACGUUAUAACACGAAUACCCUACUAACCAAAAUAUAACAUACACAGAUAUCAUAAAGUGUGAUGACGUAUUUUCUGUGCACCAUAUGUUUAUGGUUUGAUUCAGCACACCUGGUUAAAUGAAGCAUAUUUCCUCUAUGUCUUUCAAACUCUUUAUUGAUUUAGGAAUUGUUACAAGAUGUCCUCUGGAAUUGAAGAUGAAAAGGAAGAAAGAAAAAGAGGACUGGUAUGGAAAGAUAAAAUACAAAAAUUAUGAGGAGGAAUUGGAUGACCCUGCAGAUGUGGAGGAAAAAAUUAAAGAAGGUACGGUGCACAGUGCUACCAUGUCCUAAAUCAAAGACUGCAUGAAAUGGGUUGAUCUUGGUACAUUGUGUCUUGUCUCCACAGCCCAGGACAAGAUAGCAGGAAAGGGAGUAGGAAUCAGUGAAGAUCUCAUUAGUCUUGAAAUCGCUUCUCCUGAUGUUCCAGAUCUAACGCUCAUUGAUCUGCCCGGCAUUGCCAGGGUGGCUGUAAAAGAUCAACCAAAGGACAUUGGGGAACAGGUGAACUUUUUCAGUUUCUCAAAACAAGCUUGCAGCUGUUUUAUUAUGAGACAGCCAUGAGAAUGUGUGCCAUUAAAAAUGCUUCUGACACUGCCCCUAGAAAGAUGUGAAGAACCCCGUCAUGCAUAGUGGUCACUACAGUGGACACAUUUUCAGAAGGUGUUCUUUAGUAUAUGCAUGGGACUGUUGUUGUAGAUGCAUAUCAACCAACACAGUGGACACAUGUGCAUAAUACCUCACAUUGCCACCAACUGGCCAGUCAAGGGAAAUGUUUUUUUUUUUUUAAACUAAAAAUCAAGAUGGCCGACAGUGGCCAAGCACCUUAGGAAAUAUGUGUCAUCCUUCUAUUGCAGGGUACCACUGAAGGUAAAAAAAUAUACUGGCAUUCAGUAACAUCUGAGACUAAAUAUUGUCAUUAAAGUUUCUGGAUAUUUAUUUUAUACUGUGAGAAAUCUGUACUUAAUCAUGUGUCCCCUGAAUUGGACAUAAGGCCCUGGAUCAGUUGAUGAUAACAGCAGCAGUGGAUUUGAGAGUGAAGAAGAAGUUGUGAGAGGUUAGGUAGUUGAAGAUGCUGAGGGAGCUGAGCAUGUCCCACCAGACAAAGCUCAGGGACAGAGAAAAAUCAGAAAUGUUUGGAAAACCAAAUAUAACCAGUUUCAGGGUGACCUGUCUCAGUUUGUAGGUGAGUGGUAGAUGAAUGUCGAGGGAAAUUCUUACUGAAGCAAAAAAACUUAAUUGAUGCUUACAUGUUUUCUGGUUUGAGCCCUGUCUGUUUUACCAUAUCUUUGAAGUUAAAGUCAGACUGAACAGAGGCAGUAGAAAAGCAGAAAUAUUGAAGACUGUGUCGCUUUCUCAGAGAGAGUUUGGAAGGCUGUGGAUAAUAUUUUUCAGUCUUUUUGUAGAAAAUCUUAAGAAAUCUGCAGUUCAUUAGUUUGGGGCUAAGUUCAACAUUUUGCUUUGCUUUGAAUAUGUUGUAGAAUAUGUAAAAAUCUAAGAAGACAUAAAACUAGUUGCAUUAAAAAGGUUUUCACCUCACAGUUUAAACAGAAUAUCAUUUUCUGUCAUUUGUUUGUUAAAUUUUAAAAAAUUUACACGCACGGUGUCCAGCUGAGUGAAUAUUUUUGUAACUCCAUGAAAAAUAGGUUCCUGAAAAAAAAUUCAAUUGCAUCAUUUUUUAUAUGCCUAAAUUGUAACACAGGAAAAAAAUCUUAUCUGAAGAUCUCAUAAUUCAUGCAUUAAAGGGUUAAAGAGGGGGUAUUAUGCAUUUUUGCGCAGUCUACACUUCCUUUCUGAUACCUCUCUAAUAGCUUUAAAUGAUUUUCAGUUCCAAAAAAGCCAAGUGUUUCUCACUCUGCUGUACUAAAAUAUCAUUAUUUCAGCUUCCAUCUCAAAUGCUUAAUUUUAGCUCCUGUCUCUUUAAGGCCCCCACCUUCCACGACCCUACUUUCUUCUAAUGGGCCACCUCCCUGGAGGCUUUCUGGAGGGCAGAGCUCAAUGUUUUUGCCCUGCCCCUCUAGUGUGCUCCAUAAGUAAAGCAGGGAGCAGCAUUACCCCUUACUGCCACAGAUGUAUAUAGAAGACUAGACACGCCAGCGCGCUGUUGCAGCCCACUAAGCGACGUGCCUACAUGGCAGCCAUCUGAGCAGGGGCAACUUUCCCAAUAAAGGCAUUAGAUGUACAUGGGAAAUAAAUCAUAUCGCUCUCAUUUCUCAACCCAUUUACAUGCAGUCUACUUUAUUUUCACUGUCAAAAUAUAUGCUAUUAAUACAGAACUUUUUUUAUUAGUUUUUUAAAUCAAGUGCUCUGCAUUAAUAGCACAUGUUUUGGCAUUUACAAUAAAGUAGACCGCAUGAAAUUGACUGAGAAAUGAGCAAGAUAUUAUUUAUUUACCAUGUACAGCUAAUGCUUCUAAUGAGGAAAGUUGCCCCCUCUAAGAUGGCUGCCACGUAGGCACGCAGCUCAAAGGGGCACGUCAUAUCUACUGGCAAUAUCUAUGCUUACUGCUGUGGGUGUCACCUCACAUGUUGUUGGAGGUAGCCUGUUCUGCUGUGCGGGAAGCACCAAUUAACAAGUAGAGAAAGCCUAUUGCAAUGACAUCAUUCAUUCAGUAAGUCUUGUGUGAUCUCGAGACAUACCAUUAUAAGCAGUUUACAUAUAUUUUUCAGGAUUAUGGCAACAAAUGUUUACCUCAUGAUUUGAAAAUGUACAUAUACCUUGUAUGGACACCAAACAUUAUAACUUUGCAUUUUUUAUUCUAAAUGUGGAAAGGCACAAUACCACCCCUUUAAAGAGUUGUAAAAUUAAAAAAAAUCAAAUUAUGCACAACACUGAUUUGAAAGCUGUAAAACAAUUCACUCAUUCACAAUAUGAACUGAUGUUUCAGAUCAAGAGGCUGAUUCGAAAGUUCAUUACAAAACAAGAAACCAUCAGCUUGGUGGUUGUUCCAUGCAAUGUGGACAUAGCCACCACAGAGGCCCUGAAGAUGGCUCAGGAGGUCGAUCCUGAUGGAGAGAGGACUCUUGGUAAAAUAUAGAUAAAAACAUUUCAUCAAGAGGCAAAACUUUAGCAUUAUCUAUUCUAAGUCUGACAUAGUUCACUCUGUCUUUUUCCUCUUAGGUAUCUUGACCAAACCAGAUCUGGUCGACAAAGGCACAGAACAGACAGUGUUGGACAUUGUCCAUAAUAAUGUGAUCCCCCUCAAGAAGGGCUACAUGAUUGUCAGGUGCAGGGGUCAGAAGGAGAUCACAGACAAAGUGUGUCUUACUGCAGCAAUAGAAAAAGAGAGAGAUUUUUUCAAGGAACACUGCUGUUUCCAGUGAGUUCAUUCUUUGAUGGUGCAUUAAAAAAAAUGCAUUUUGACAAGAUGUGAGGCAUGUUUAAUUUUUUUCCUAUUUUCUUUUUCUUAAGGCUUCUCUAUGAUGAAGGCUACGCCACUGUCCCCAGACUGGCAGAAAAACUCACUAUUGAGCUGCUUGAUCAUAUCCAGGUAAAUCAGACACAUUUAUUUUUUCGGAUAGUUUCUCUACAGAUUGCUGAGCAUGCUUGAGAUGCUCACAUUAGAUAUUCAACCUGGUUUGAUUUGUAGAGAUCUCUGCCAAACCUGGAAAAGCAGAUCGAAAAUAAACUGAAGGCGACUUGUGCAGAACUGGACAGAUAUGGCGAUGGACCCCCAACUGACAGCAACGAGAGACUGAGCUUCCUUAUUGACGUGAGUUCAUUUUUGAGAUGUAGAAAUCACUGCAUCUCCAAACCUCAAGUUUAAACAGGAUGAUUUAUAUUACAGCCUGAGUGUUUAGCUUGACCCAAAAAACAGGAGACUUCAAGGCAGUCUUUAUUGUCUCACAAGAGACACAGAAAAAUGAACAAGCUAACAAAAAAUCUCUGCAGGCUGCAGCUGCUAGAGGCUGGCUGACCACCAAGCAGAAGACCAGAGCAAAAUGAGGCAAUGAGGCACCAAUCUGAUAAAUACAAAGGAAAAGGCAAUCAGAACAGGUCUAAUGUUCACAGAAUCUAGCAAAGUUUUCACCUGGAAAACUGAACCUGGCACUAUCAAGUAAGACGGAAUCAUCUGGCAGAGUAGUGGAGGCUGAGCAGGUCUUUAUGGAGAGGUGAGUUGAUUGCAGAGUGCCAUCAGUUGUCCCGCUACUCACAGCCACAAAGUAGGUCAGCCAUGCCCCCCAGCCACAGCCUAAAGGGCUGGCGAGAAAACAGAAGUCAAAGACACUUUCUAGACAAAAACAGAAGUACAAUAAACUCACUCUUAACAGAUUUAAGCCUCUUUGAAAAUCCUUUCUUUCUUUUUUUUUUUUUUUAGAAAGUUACUGCAUUUACACAGGAUGCUAUCAGCCUCACUGAAGGGAAUGGAGUCAGAGGUCAAUCUGGGGUCAACAUCUUUUUCACCCUCAGAAAAGAGUUUGCGGCAUGGAAAGACUUCAUUGACCGCUCUGGAGUUACUUGUAAGCAAAUCAUCAAGUAGUUUGACAGUUUCCAUAAACUGUAGCCUUCAUGUGAAUUAAACCAAUGAGUGAAAUGUCCUUUUAUCAUAGAAAGAGCAAAUCUACUGCAUCUAAUUGGAAAAAGCAGAAAAUUUUUCUUACUUAACAAAAUGAGUGUUUUGCUCCUGCUGUCAUGACCACUAGUAACCAACACUUGUCUGAUGUUUUACCAAAUUAAUUCCUUUUGCAGUCAACUGGAAUAUUGAAAAAGAGGUCUCUCACUAUGAAUCAAAGUACCGUGGAAGAGAACUGCCAGGUUUCAUCAACUAUAAGACCUUUGAGGAUGUGGUGAAGGAGCACAUCAAACAGCUGCAAGAGCCAGCAGUGCACAAACUCAAAAAAGUGUCAGGUAUGUGUUAUCAUGAUGCUUUGUAAUAGGCUUGGUCAGUAUCUGUUUUCCAUGAUCCUGGUCUUUCAAGACUCUGACUGGUUUGUAAUUUCUCACUUUUUUUAAGAAACUGUGAAGAGCGAGCUGCACAGGGUGGCACAGAAUAGUCUUGUGGGAUUCCCCAAUCUCCUCAAUACAGCUCAGGUUGUUUUUUCAUCCAUCGCUACUCACUGUCAAGUCUAGUUAACCUUUACGUAUGUAGUACAUUUUAAAACAACCAAUGUUGACCACAGUGCUUUACAGGGUGAAAGUUAAACAGGAAAACAAUUUUUAACACAGUAAAUUUAAAAAUGUGUUAAAUCUGUCAGGGAAAUAACACUCUCAUUGUGAAGGGAAGGUCAGGUCUUCAAUUAUUAAUAAAAACAUACAAGUAGCAUGAUGUUUUACAGGUUAUUGACAGUGUCUGCAAAGGCUCAGUCACCCCUGGUUUGGGCUUGUUUUAGACACAUCCAGGAGUACCUGAUUGAUUGAACCUCAGUGCUCUGACUGGAGUAUGAACAAGGAGAAGCUCAGCAAACUAUGGUGGUGCUAAUCCAUACAGGGCCUUAAAGGUGAACAACAAAUUUAAAAAGUCAGCGCUGUGAUGGGCGAGAAGCCAGUAAGGAGAGAGCAACACAGAUGUAAUGUGCUCUCUCCUUUUCAUUCUAGUCUAGAGCUGCAACAUUUUUAACAAGCUGCAGGCACUGAAUAGAUGACUGAUUAAAGCUCACAUUCAAAGAAUUAUAGAAGUCAAGAUGAGAUAUUAUGAAAGCAGAGAUUUUGCUAAAUCUUAAGAGGAGGGAGUUAAGCCUUAGAUAAAGACGCUGAGUCAAACAACAGCACUAUCUAAAUAAACACCAAGGCCCUUCACAGAAGAAAUACUAUUGGCGAAAGGGCCAAGAGUGCCUCUGUCCAGCUGUUUCAGACAUCCAACACAAUGACCUUCUCACUGAUUUGGGAAGCUGAGUCUCAGCCAUGACUUUCAGACAGUUGAGCAAGUGCUGUAGUGAACCCGGACUGCCCACCCUCCAAGGAAAAGAAAUUUCAAGAAACCAUUUGGGUUUGGUGUCACAGCAGGCAUGUAUACCAAAGUCACAACAAAUCAAACCAGGAACAAAGUCCAACAUAACAUCUGCUAAAAAGUUCACAUACACCUGAAUGAAAUCAUUUAGUACUGUGUUCUGUGUAUGUAUGCGAACAAAACUGAAUCAUCAUAACUCUUUUUUGCCCCUCAGAUGAAGAUUGAAUCCAUCAGAAAGGACAAGGAGGUUGAAGCAGAGGCGAUGCUGAGGACCCAAUUUAAGAUGGAGUCAAUAGUUUACACUCAGGACACCAUAUACAGCAAGAAGCUUGGGAAGAGAAAGAGGGAGCAAGAACAGGGCAGCGGAGGUUUCCCUUUUGUAACAACAAAAACCAGCACAACUGAGACAGGGGCCACCCUGAAGGAGAUGAUCAAACACUUUAAAGCCUACUACCAAGUCAGUACACUGAACAUGAUUUUCCUUUUUCUGAUUAAGCCAGACUCUUACUUUGGUUUGUUUUAAAUUUAUAUUUCUUCAAUGUGAUUGUUUGUCGCUGAAUCAGCAGGGCUGUUAUGUUGCAGACAUACACAAAAUGUGAAGUAAACCAAAAGACAGAACAUGGAGCAAUACUCAGUGCUUGUUUAUUGACACAUAAAAAGCAUCAAUUUAAAUUCAACCACCUCCUUUUGCAUGCAUUUUAUUGUAAGGUUUCGAUAGGUCCAGAGCAUCGGCAUAACAUAUAACUUUGUUUAUUGCUCUACAUAAAGACACAUCUAAGUUUGUAUGAAGUAUACACAUACAAGAAGCUAUUAAUGAUAUAGAGGGGUCAUUUGAUAACAAAUUUCAAACUAUAAGUAAUUUUUGUGACAUUAUCUCCAAAAGAUUGGAACUGUGUAGCACCCUGUCAUCCUCUCAAAACCACAGAUUGCUGGCCAGCGUCUGGCUGACCAGAUUCCUCUGGUGAUCCGCUACCAGGUGCUGCAGCAGUCUGCCCUCCAGCUGCACAGGGAGAUGCUACAGAUACUUCAGGACAAGGAGAAAACUGAGUUCCUGCUUCAAGAAGACAUGCGAACAAAAAACGAGAGAAACCAACUUCAGAAUCGCCUCAAGCGCUUGACAAAGGCACAGGAUCUAUUGACCAAUUUCAGAAUGAACAUAUACAACUUCAACUGA